AUGGGAGCCAGGAAAAUCCGUCAACUAUCAGCCUUGCAAAGACCUUUUGCGAUAAACCUAUGCAAAGCAUAUCGAACUACAGCCACAAAUGCAGCACAGGUACUAGCUGGUAUCAUACCACUGCAUAUCAAAGCCUUAAUGGAAUCUGCAUAUGCCCAACUGAUCCACUUGCGCCGAGAUGCGACAUUUGGAAACACUACCUAUAGCCCAGUCCAAUAUGAGCAUCGGGGCGACGUAUUGCGUACACAUCCCUCAAUAAAAGGGACAGGCAUACGCACAGUUAAAUCCAACUGCCUUCAUCGAGACACCCUCACGAAGAUAUACACGGAUGGCUCGAAGCAUGAACAUGGAGUAGGUAGUGCCUUUAUACACUAUGAUGGUUCCAACACCGAAUACACAUGGAAAGGACAUCUGAAACCGGAAAACAGCGUCUUUCAGGCGGAAGUUACUGCUCUCACAGCAGCGGUACAGCAUAUACUCAACAACAACAAUAUACAGGCAGCUACCAUAUACACGGACAGCCUUUCAGCAAUAAAUGCAAUAGAAAAUCAACACCAUGUAUCGCCGAGCAUCAUUAACUUGCAAGACAUCCUGCAGCAUAAUCGUCACACUAAAAUUACCAUGGUCUGGGUCAAAGCCCACGAUGGCAACCAGGGAAAUGAAGCAGCUGACCGUUUGGCUAAGGAUGCUGCAAGCAAUCUCGAAGCACAAGAAAUAAAUAUUCCUGCCCCACCAUCCUAUCUAAAGCGUCAUUUGCAGGGACAAGCAAUACGACAAUGGCAAGAAGAAUGGACUAAUGCGGAAACAGGGAGGCGCACCUAUGAGCGUAUUUCAAAGGUAUCAACUGACCGCCUUAUCGCCAUUGCUCCUUUGGUAAACUACAUAACAGGUCACGGGCCGUUCCCGUCUUAUUUUCAUCGACAUGGGAUAUCAAAUACAGACAUCUGUGUCUGUGGAGAAGACGGAACGCCAGACCACUACCUAUUCAGGUGCCCUCUGACAGAUACCAUGCAUCUUUUCAUGCCCACGAGCAACAUAACUGCCUACCACCGACUGAUAAUUAAGCACAAGGGAAGCAUUAAUGCAAUAUGUAAAAUUAUAAAAUUUAUCGCGGCACUAGGUCAGGAUAUCUGCCAGCCCAUUUAA